UCAAACCCUAGAAGGCCCGCCGAGAAGCGUCAGUGGGCGCCACCUCCGGCUCCGGGUCCGACGCUGCGCCAAGUCGUCGAGCGUAACGAGAGGCAGCUGGGCCUGCGGUGCUCGGACGUCAGUUGCGGACUGGGACCGUCGGAUGACGAUCCGGUCUCUUCUGUUGACUUGUCCAGCCUGCGUCAGAUAGCUAUUCGCCCGAAGUCCGAUACGUCGGGCCAGGAUACGGUGUGCGAGCACAGGUUCCACCCGGCGUGCUUGGUCAGUGCGGAGCGUGUUGCAGGCUGGGGUCAAGAGGUGAAGACUGGGGAGCCCGCGGGUGAGGACGAGAACAUAGAGGUGUCGUGCCCCGUUUGCAGGGCGCACGGCGUGAUACCCCGCCUAGAGUGGGAGGAGGGCGCCUGCGCGCUCGCGUGA